UGACGUUUCCAUGUGAGGGUCAAAGUUGACAGAAACCUUUACUACUUCCUUUCCUGCCAUUGGAGGCCGUAGAACAGCAUCAGCAUGGGCAAGUUUAUGAAGCCGGGGAAGGUGGUGAUGGUCCUCGCUGGACGCUACGCCGGCCGCAAAGCUGUCAUCGUGAAGAAUAUCGAUGAUGGCACGGCCGACCGCCCUUACAGCCACGCUCUGGUCGCAGGCAUCGACCGCUACCCCCGCAAGGUGACCAACAGCAUGGGCAAGAAGAAGGUUGCCAAGAGAUCCAAGAUCAAGGCUUUUGUCAAAGUGUUCAACUACAACCACCUCAUGCCUACCAGAUACUCUGUGGACAUUCCUCUGGACAAAACUGUUGUCAACAAGGAUGUCUUCAGGGAUCCUGCUCUCAAAUGCAAAGCCAGAAGGGAGGCUAAGGUCAAGUUUGAAGAGAGGUAUAAGACGGGCAAGAACAAGUGGUUCUUCCAGAAGCUCAGAUUCUAAAUUCCCUCAGUUUCACUAAUAAAAAGGUAAAAAAGA